AUUUUGAAAUUUGGUCAACUAACGCCAACUCUUGAAAAUUAAUUUGUCUGCUUCUUUUUCCACGUACGACCCAGCUCGCCUCACAUGGCGCCGAAAGAUAACCAUCACCAGCAACACGACACCAGAGCUAUUUCCUGGAAGCCAAACAACACCUAAUUUUCUCUCUAUAUAAAUUAACCUGCGCUUCAAAUCUUCUUUUCUCCAUUUUUCAUUCAACAGAGGAAUCACUAGAUUACAAGCAAGAGAAACCACAAUGGGGAACUGUUUAAGACCACAGAAUAGUCCGUCAUCGUCUUCUUCUUCUCCGAAUUCACGGGAUGAAUGGGAGUGCGUUGUGGAUUCGACCCGUGAUAGGAAAUUCAAGACCCUCAGAUCAUCAUUAAUCACGGACGACGACGACGACGACGAGGUUAAUACUGGGUUCGGAUUCAUGAGUAUUGAUACAGAGAAGGAGAAGCUACUGGCUUCUUCUUCUUCUUCGUCCUCGAGGGAGGUGAAGAUAAAAAUCACGAAGAAGGAGUUAGAGGAGUUGGUGAGCAGAUUGAACAAGCAGGGUACGACUGGGUUGUCUCUGCAACAGAUUCUGCUCGCUCGGUUGAUGAUCAAUGGUGAUAAUCGCGAUGAUCAUCCUUACAACCACCUCCACCACCAUCGGCCGUGGAGGCCGGCCCUGCAGAGUAUCCCUGAGGUGAACUGAUAGACCGUCUUGUAUAUAUACAUGUAUGUAUGUAUGUAUGUAUGUAUAUGUGUAACUGUAUGCAUGAGCGUAUGUUUGUGUGUGCAUAUUCGUUCUUUUUUCCCUUGUGAAUUAGACGAGAGGAGAGGUGUUCAUACACAGAGAUAUACAUGUUUCGUUUGUUUAUAUUCUUUUGACCA